AGAUUUGUUUCCACUGGAUCCUUCCGAACGCAAAGAAAUUAAAAACUCACGUGAUCUCCGUUUUCACCAAUCACUGAGAAGGUCACGUCUUCAAUCAUGGAGGUCACGUUCUCGUUUUCACCCAUAUCAAACAGAUACGAUGAGACUCGUAAAGCCAGACGAUACUUCACGUGACAGGUGCACUGACGACAAACUGGGCCGCUUAGUGCACAUGGACCGACCAGACAGCAAAGCGCAUGCUUACACCGGUACAAGCAACAUAACCAUGAAUGGGUCGUCAUUAGCUAAUCAUGUCAAUGGAGAGGUCACAGUGCAAGAAAAGAUUGUAAUACUGGAUGCAGGGGCGCAAUAUGGCAAGGUUAUUGACAGAAAGGUACGCGAGCUGUCAGUGGAGUCUGAAAUCUUGCCACUGGACACCCCAGCGUUCCUCAUCAAAGAAAAAGGAUACAGAGCCAUCAUUAUAUCAGGCGGCCCAAGUUCUGUGUACGCUGAAGAUGCACCUCGCUACGAUCCAGAGAUUUUCACCUGUGGAUUACCUGUCCUGGGAAUCUGCUACGGCAUGCAGAUGAUGAACAAGGAGUUCAAUGGCUCUGUAACAAAGAAUUCCACCAGAGAAGACGGUCAGUUUGUGAUAGAAAUCAACACAAAGUGCCCUUUGUUCAAAGGCUUAAAGAAAUCCCAAGAAGUAUUAUUAACACAUGGGGACAGCAUCCAGAAAAUUGCUGAUGACUUUGAGGUGAUGGCUGAGUCAGGAUCUCUUAUAGCUGGUAUAGCUAAUGAGAAAAUGCAGCUGUAUGGUGUCCAGUUUCAUCCAGAAGUUGAUCUGACAGAGAAUGGCAAGGCUAUGUUGCAGAAUUUCCUGUUCAACAUCGUAGGCCUGAAGGGAAUGUACACCAUCUCCAGUAGAGAGCAGGCCUGCAUUGAAUACAUACGCAAAACUGUCGGGGAACACAAAGUGUUGAUGUUGCUGAGCGGGGGUGUGGACUCGACUGUUUGCGCCGCUCUGUUGCACAAGGCUCUGAAGGAGGAUCAGGUGAUUGCUGUACACAUUGACAACGGCUUCAUGCGCAAGAACGAGAGCAAAAAGGUGGUGGAAAGUCUGAAAAACAUUGGACUUCACCCUAAAGUUGUCUCAAUGGCUCAUACAUUCUACACGGGCACAACGACAAUCACAGUGAAGAGCGACGACCCAACAAACAGUAGCAGGAAGCGCAAAACCAACACUUUAAACACGACAGUGUUACCUGAAGAAAAACGCAAAAUCAUCGGCGACACCUUUAUGAGAGUUGCCAGUGAUAUCACAGAGGAAUUAUCACUUAAACCAGAAGAUGUCUUCCUGGGACAAGGUACACUGAGGCCCGAUUUAAUAGAAAGUGCCUCUGAACUUGCCAGUAGUAAAGCAGAUGCCAUCAAAACUCACCACAAUGAUACAGAGUUGGUCAGAAAACUAAGAGAAGAGGGUAGAGUAGUGGAACCUCUAAAAGAUUUCCAUAAAGAUGAAGUACGGGCGAUAGGGAAAGAUUUAGGACUUCCAUCAGAGUUGGUAGAAAGACAUCCAUUCCCAGGGCCUGGUCUGGCAAUACGUGUGUUGUGUGCAGACACCCCAUAUAUUGAGAAGGACUUUGCUGAAACUAGUGUGCUUUUGAAAAUUAUAGUAGAUUACUCAAAUGCUGUGAAAACGCCACAUCACCUAUUGUCUCGUGUCAAUGGUAGUACAACGGCAGAGGAGAAGAAGAGGUUAAUCGCAAUGACAGAAUCAGAAAUAUUGGGCGUUACGUUAUUGCCAGUAAAGUCAGUAGGAGUUCAGGGUGACUGUAGGACAUACAGUUAUGUGGCUGCAUUAUCUAGGGACAGUCCACCAAACUGGGACAAUCUGAUACACCUUGCCAAAUUAAUCCCCAGGAUCUGUCACAAUAUUAACAGGGUAGUGUACGUGUUUGGGGGUCAGGUGAAGUACCCUGUGGAAGAUGUCACACCCACCUUCCUGACCGAGGGAGUUCUGAGCACGUUGAGACAGGCCGAUUACCUGGCCACAAAGGUCCUCCAUGACUCGGGUUAUAUUAAGAAGAUCAGUCAGAUGCCAGUGAUCCUGGUGCCCCUUCACCUGGAUCGUGAUCCGCUCAGUCAUCUGCCGUCCUGCCAGAGAUGUGUCGUCGUCCGUACCUUCAUCACUGCCGACUUCAUGACCGGGGUGCCCGCCACGCCUGGAAAGCACAUACCUACAGAGGUCAUUGACAAGAUGGUGGAGGAAAUCCACACCGUCCCCGGAAUCUCUCGCGUCAUGUAUGAUUUAACAUCAAAGCCUCCUGGAACCACAGAGUGGGAAUAGCGACAGUAGACUGAGAAUCAUUGAUCAUCAUCUGACCAAUUUGGUUCUGAUUAAAGCAUCAUCGUGGUCACUAUUACAGGAUUAUUUAUGUGUGAAGAUCUGCUGGUGAGAGUGAUUCUGCAUGGCUGAAUGAUUUGGUUAUGAUCAACAUGUUGUUUGUAUGAGUCUCACAAAAACUCUGCUGAGAAAGAAUUAGCAGCUAGAUUGAUCGUGAUCUUGAGUUGUGGCUUACAUCAUUGUUGUUCAUGAACCUGGAAAGACCUGUUCAUCACAACACAUGUAGGAGACUAGAUCACUGCUUUAUGUGUCCCUAAAUGUGGAGAGACCAAUGUAUCCCAAAACUUCAAAGAUCACUACUUUACUUUGAUCAGUUUGAGUUCCUAAAUGUGGAGAGAGCCUUUUUGUCUUAAAAGUUGAUCACUCCUUUAAUCCUUAACCCGGAAUGACCUGUCUGUCCAAAGACUUGUUGGAGACUUGAUCAUGGUUUUGAUUUGAUCAGUGUUAGUACCAGAUCUGUCUCUUCCUAGACUUGUAAGAGACUUGAUCACUGCUUUGAUUUAACCGAAAAUGCAUUGUUCCCGUGAUUUUGAUCAAAAUGCUAGUCACCACUUGAGUUUAAGUCUAGAAACUUGCAGAUCUAUGAACUGCUUGAAUUUGCCUUAUUGAAUUUAGUACAUAAAGCUGUUUUAAAGGUGAAAUUUUUAACAUGUUCAACUUUGCCCUCUUUUUAAUGACACAAGCUGUUAUGUUGAAAUACUGCUGCUUUCAUUUAAAUGAUCUUUUAUUUGGGUAUAUUUGCUCCCUAAACUUGUGUGUUUCUGACUACCUUUUAAUGGUGAGAAAAGAAAACAAAAAAUGAUAAUGAAAAGCAAAGUUGUUCUCCUUGAAAUUAUCUUGUUUUAAAGUUUUUGUGUAAUUUUUCAUUGGAAACAAUUUCUUUGUGCUCCAUAUUUCUGUCUGACAUAUUUUAUGAGGAUUACACUGGAGCAUUCAGUAAUUGUCUGCUACAUGUAAUUACUGUGCCUGAAUUAAUAUAACUGUUAACAUCUGUCUGAGUAGAACUGAAUUAAAGACCUGUUCCAGUUUCCAGAGAAAUUAGACUGAUAUUUUUUUAAUAUCAUAUAAAAGUUGUCCUAUAGGACAAAUCUGAAAUACAUCCUGGUUCAAAAAUGUUACUUUAUGACGUAUCUUACAUUCCUUAGUGGUAUAACUGAAGUGCCCUUAAGAAACAAACAAAAAUAAUUGACUUUAUGGCAUAUAUGACGUGAACAUGAGAUAUUCCAUGCAAGUGAAGUAGUCCAAUCAAGCGUGCUAAACAUACACGGGAUUUGCAUGCAGUAGUAGUUUAACAGGGGCCAACCUUUUUGAUACAGGACAAAAUUGCCAAGUACAUGUAAUUUUUUUGGACAGUGGGUAGCUUGCAAAUUUGGCCAUGUGCACCAAUUAUUUCAAGGCUUUCUGAUAUGUCAUGGAGUCAGGCAACUGGAGUAGCGCUUUAACACAGAUUUUAAACAGUGUUCACUCAGUUCAUUGUACACAGAGAUCAACAACAACAUGGCUAUUCCUUAGUAAACUGUGCAAAAUCAUGUAUUUGUUCAUGUGAAGACUGACAGUGAAACACUUGCAUUUCAAUAAAUUUUUUGAAAUGAAUAUACAUGUAUGUGCAGUUCUUGAAGGUUGACUCAUUUGUACCCAUAUAUUACAGUAUUACAACAGUGAAUGUUGGCUGAUCUAAAUCUGCUAUAUAUUGUCUUAUUUUUUUUUCAUAAUCUCUUAAAACCAUGCGUUUAUUUCUUACUAUUCAUGAAUGGAAUUUGGAGCUGUUACACUUCCUUAAAUCACACUCCAGUAAGGACUGGCUUUUUGGUUGCAAACCUCCAGAGGAAUCUCCAUGUUGACCUUUUUUUUUCCUUCAUCUAAUUGGUUGCUCCACGCAUAGUAUCAGAUUGUUCAGAUGGUGAAAGUUGAAGGUUCAAAUCCAGUUCUAGGUGAUACAGCUGCAGCUUGUCUCCAUCCCGGAAAUUUGCUAGGUAUCGUCCUAAAACCUGACUAUAUCUUUACAUAUAGUGCUCGACAAACAAUAUUCUGAAUCACCUGAUUGACUCUCAUUUUGCACCAAAUUAAUUGAAACCAGUGAAACCCAACUCAGGACUGUGUGGCGACGCAAAACAGUGCUGUCAAUUUUUUGUGAAAUUAUCGACUUUAAUAGUCAUUCUUUUUAGCUUGCUCUAUUCUAGUGAUUCAUAAAUAUGGAUUUGAACCAUUAGGAAGGUGCUAACUACAUGUAUCAUUUGUAAAACACGGAAUAUACGAAAAAGAAACAAAAAUUGUCUGAGUAUGAGAGAAGUUUGUCUUAUACCGACUGACCGAUACCAUUCAUGCAUGAAGUAAGUGCUGUGUAUAUAAAAAAAAAAUCAUAUGCUUUAUUUGGUAAAGCAUCAGUUUGUGUAAUUACAUGUAUUUAAAAAAACGUGAAGUGACAUACUUAUGUUAGGAGGGAAAAUUUUGAAUUGUUAUAUAUAUAUGCACUUAGAACUUCAGACCAAUUGGACAUUAACCUUGAAAUUUAAUACAUGACUGCUGUCAGACAUUUGCCCUCAGUCACCACGACUCUGGAAGACUGAAGGACCAGACAGCUUGUUUGGACUCCCCAGUAGUUCUGUCCAAACAUUACAAUGUCUUUUACAAUUAACUAUUCAGAAAUGAUGUAGAUUCCAUUGAAUAAAUUCACUGUGACUCAUUAUUCAGUGAAGAAAGAAAAAGAUAGAUUCUGUAGCGGAAAUUAACUAUAAGGAACUACAAUUCGGCAAGAUGUCAUUUGUGUAUUUUUUUUUUAAAUUUAAGCUGCAAUUUCCUAAUUUCCCAGGUAUCUGAUUAUUCUAGUCUUUGUAAUACAAGCCUUUGUCAGUUUAUGAGAAUUAUAGAAUUUAUAAAAAAAAAACAGGAAAUUUUGCUGGUAUGUCAUUCCCAUGUGACUGGUAAUGGAGCUGGUAUGUCAUGCACAUGUGACUGGUAAUGUGCUGGUAUGUCAACCACAUGUGGCUGGUGAUGAUGCUGGUAUGUCAACCACAUGUGGCUGGUGAUGAUGCUGGUAUGUCAACCACAUGUGGCUGGUAUGUUAUUCCUAUGUGACUUCUAAUAUGGCAUCCACAUGUGGCUGGUAAUGUGGCUAUAUAUGUCCACAUGUGGCUGGUAAUGUGUUUGAUAUGCCAUCCACUUGUGACUGGUAAUGUAUAUGUCAUCCACAUGCAGCUGGUAAUGUGGGUAUAUAUGUCCACAUGUGGCUGGUAAUGUGGUUGAUAAUGUGACUGGGAUGUCAUCCACUUGUGACUGGUAAUGUAUAUGUCAUCCACAUGCAGCUGGUAAUGUGGUUAUAUAUGUCCACAUGUGGCUGGUAAUGUGGUUGAUAAUGUGACUGGGAUGUCAUCCACUUGUGACUGGUAAUGUAUAUGUCAUCCACAUGCAGCUGGUAAUGUUGGUUAUAUAUGUCCACAUGUGGCUGGUAAUGUGGUUGAUAAUGUGACUGGGAUGUCAUCCACUUGUGACUGGUAAUGUAUAUGUCAUCCACAUGCAGCUGGUAAUGUGGGUAUAUAUGUCCACAUGUGGCUGGUAAUGUGGUUGAUAUUGUGACUGGGAUGUCAUCCACUUGUGACUGGUAAUGUGUAUGUCAUCCACAUGCAGCUGGUAAUGUGGUUAUAUAUGUCCACAUGUGGCUGGUAAUGUGGUUGAUAAUGUGACUGGGAUGUCAUCCACUUGUGACUGGUAAUGUGUAUGUCAUCCACAUGCAGCUGGUAAUGUGGUUAUAUAUGUCCACAUGUGACUGGUAAUGUGGUUGAUAAUGUGACUGGGAUGUCAUCCACUUGUGACUGGUAAUGUGUAUGUCAUCCACAUGCAGCUGGUAAUGUGGUUAUAUAUGUCCACAUGUGGCUGGUAAUGUGGUUGAUGUGACUGGGAUGUCAUCCACUUGUGACUGGUAAUGUAUAUGUCAUCCACAUGCAACUGGUAAUGUGGUUAUAUAUGUCCACAUGUGGCUGGUAAUGUGGUUGAUAAUGUGACUGGGAUGUCAUCAACUUGUGACUGGUAAUGUAUAUGUCAUCCACAUGCAGCUGGUAAUGUGGUUAUAUAUGUCCUCAUGUGGCUGGUAAUGUGGUUGAUAAUGUGACUGGGAUGUCAUCCACUUGUGACUGGUAAUGUGUAUGUCAUCCACAUGCAACUGGUAAUGUUGGUUCAGUAUGUACUCCACACAAGACUUGUAAUCUACAUGUGACUGGUAAUGUGCAUGACACGAAAGUCAGAAAGAUAAUGUGUACUAGUUUAUACUAUGCAUGUAACUUUUUAAUAGACAAAUUUGUUCUGUUGGCAAGUUUUGGGAGCUUGGUAAGAUGUUGGGAGAAAUGUACAUAGUUGUAUUUUACUGUUUCAUGAAAUAAACAAAAAU